AUGUGGGGCCAUCUCACGUCGUCCCUCCGCCGACUCACAGUGCGCUCAGGCGAGCCGCACACGGCGCCGGACAAGCCGCUCAUCGUCGUCUUCGGGGCCACCGGCGCGCAGGGCAGCAGCGUGGUGGCGGCGCUGCUGGCGAGCGGGCGCUACCGCAUCCGCGCCGUCACGCGCCACGCCGACUCGCCGCGCGCCGCCCACCUGAGGGACGCCAAGGUGGAGGUGGCGCAGGCCGACCAGGCGGACCGCCAGGCCGUGCGGGCGGCGCUGGACGGCGCGUAUGGCGCGUUCGUGGUGACGGACUACUACUCGCUGGGUGCGAGGGAGGUGGAGGUGGGCAAGGGAGUGGUGGAGGAGGCGAGGGGGGCGGGCGUGCAGCACGUGGUGUGGAGCACACUGCCCCACGUGCACCGCCUCUCCAAGGGGCAGCUCAACGUGCCGCACUUCACCAACAAGGCCCAGGUGGAGGAGGUGGUGAGGGCGAGCGGCUUCAAGCACCACACGUUCGUCAUGUGUGCCUUCUACUACCAGAACUUCGCCCACUUCCACCUCGCCAGGGAGGAGGGUGACGGCACGGUGGUGUUUGAGCUGCCCAUGGCGGCGGACGACAUGCUCACGGCCUUCGAUGUGGACGACACCGGUGCCGCCGUGCUCAACGCCCUUGACCAUCCCGAUGAGUGGCACGGCGAGUACAUGUGUCUGGCGGGCUACCACGCCCCCCUGCACCAGUACGUCGCCGACUUCCACCGCGCCACGGGCCGCCCCGCUCGCCUGCACACCACCAACAAGGCCGCCUCGGAGGAGUGGACGCAGGUGAGGGGGGACGCAGGUGAGGGGGGACGCAGGGGGCACGCUGGGGCGGCGACGAGGGAACUCACCGUCCAGUGGAUUCACUUGAUGCUCGUUGGUCCUCACCGUGCUGCAUCACAUGUCAUGUCAUGUCUCCAGCACCGUUCCACACUCUCCUGCCUUCUCCACUCCCCCUCUCAUCCAUUGUCCCCCCGUCCCGUGCCUCCCGCGCAGAUGUUCCGCUGGUUCUCCCAGCACACGUACUUCGGCUGCCAUGACAUCAGCAAUGCGCGGCGCUGCAACCCGCACCUCAAGACGUGGCGCCAGUGGCUGCAGGAGAGCGGCUGGAAAGGGCCCCAGGGGGGCGAGGGGGAGGGCGAAGCCAAGGGGGAGGCGAAGGGGGAAGGUAAGGGUGAGGCUGAAGGUAGGGGUGGGGGGAAGGAUGUGGGAGGAGGGGCGACGGAGGUGGAGCAUGGGGUUGAGGAGGCCCCUUCCAAGGCGCAUGUGGCGGGCGCAUAG